GUUGCAGUCUGUGAGACUGUAAGUAGACACACACAGACACUCUCUUUCUGUCUCACAACUAUAAAUUGUUUGUUGAAUUCCAUCAAAACGAGAAAUCCUCUCCAUUUUCUCCGCUCGGACGGGCUCCGUCUCCCAGCGGUCUGCAUUCCCCCGACCCAAAACCCCUUUAGAUCUCGUAAAACCCCAAACAUGGCUCAAGACUCGCUUGCAGAAACCCUAGAAUCUUCGGUCGUUUUGAAUGAUCGAGAGGCCGGCGACCGAUCACCGGCCGAUUGCAUUCACUCCGAUGCUUCGCUCUCGCGAAACGUCUCCUUUAGUCGGCUCAAUGCCGGGGCGCCUGAAUUCGUUCCUCGGAUGCCGAAUCGGGCCGAUCUGCAUCAGCCGCGGCUGUUGAUUCCUCAAGGCCCGGCUCCAAUUCACGUAUUUCCGUCGCCGAAUUCUCCUUUUCAUAUUCCGAUACAUAAUCACGUUGGGGUGCCGAAUCAUGUUCCAUAUCAGUACUAUAGUGGGUUUGGAGAACAUGAGGUUGUUCAACCCCAAGUUCCUGUAGAUCCGGAUCCUGCUCCUGUUACUAGAAAUGGUCUUUCUGAGGAAGCUACUCAUAAGAUUCUAAACCAGGUGGAGUAUUAUUUUAGUGAUGCAAACUUGGCUACAACUGAGCAUCUUAUGAGGUUUAUCAGCAAAGAUCCUGAAGGGUUUGUUCCAAUAUCAGUUGUUGCUUCUUUCAAAAAGAUUAAAGCUCUCAUCAGUAGCCAUCAUCAGCUUGCUAAUGUUCUCCGUAUGUCAUCGAAGCUUGUUGUUAGUGAGGAUGGAAAAAAGGUUAGACGCCAACAUCCCUUCACAGAGUCAGAUGUGGAAGAAUUACAGUCACGUACUGUUGUUGCUGAAAAUUUACCUGAGGAUCAUUCCUUCCAAAAUCUCAUGAAGGUUUUCUCUGCUGUUGGGAGUGUGAAGACAAUUCGUACCUGCCAACCUCAGACCUCCAAUGGUGGGAGUUCUGCAUCAUCUAGAUCAGCAAAGUUGGACAACAUGCUUUUUAGCAACAAGGCUAUCAUGGCAACAGGCCAUUGUCAAAAGUUGCAUGCGUUUGUGGAAUAUGAGACUGUUGAACUAGCUGAGAAAGCUAUUACUGAGCUAAAUGAUGAAAGGAACUGGAGAAGUGGACUCCGAGUGCGGCUACUGCUUAGGCGCACGCCAAAGUCUGCACAACCACGAGGGAGAAAGGCUGGACAUGAAGGUGAAGGGAACUAUGAGGAAGAUGAUGUGAGCACAUCCGAGCAACCAAACGAGAAGCAAUGUGAGGAUUCUUAUCAACCAUCGGAUUCAGCAGCGCAUGAACUCAUGGGAGAGGAAGUUGUCAACGACAAGGAGAGUAGUGGGCCGAGGAGAGGGCGAGGGCGUGGGCGGGGCAAAGGGCGUGGGCGGGGUCAAUACCAUGGUAACCGAGCAACAAACCAUGCGGGUGGUUGUGGUACUUCUCCCACUAGUUCUCCAGUUCAAAACGAGCAGCCACCUCAAACCAAACAACCCCCAGGGCCCCGCAUGCCAGAUGGAACAAGGGGAUUUGCCAUGGGCCGAGGGAAGCCACUUGUUUCCAGUGCUUCUGCUGCUACUGCUACACCUGCAUCAUCAUGAGUUCUUCUCCAAGUCCAAAGUCCAAACCAAAUGGGGCGGCGGUAUUCGUGCGUUGAGUCAUAGGGGGGAGGAUUGUAUUUGGUCUAUUUCUAUUUAGUGUUGUUGAUGGCAGGGUUUUUAGAGGGAGCUGUCAGUCAAUUGUUUGUGGUUGGGUAUGGUUGUUCAGUAUUUUUUAGUUUUUAUGUUGUUGGAGGUGUCUGAAAGAAUAGCUAAUGUGGUUCAGUUAGGGAUGUUUAUUAUCUGCUUUGUUGGUUUAUUGAUGUAAAAAGAAAAAAAAAGGUUAAUGGAGGAAAGCCUUGUAUACGGUAUACCUAAUACAUAUGUAAUUGAAUAAUCUACUGUCUACACCCCAAAUUGGAUCAACUCUACCUCUUACAGUCUUA